AUGAAGAAGAAGAAAGUUUUCAUUGUUUUCCGCACAUACUGGCUACUGCUUUCUAUUCAUUUGUGUUUUACAUCCUCUCCAACAGAACAUGUUUCUGCUUUGAGGUCUGCACAAAUAUCAUCUCACCAUAUCAUUGGCAAUGCUAAUGUGGAAAUUAAAGACAUAUCAAAUCAAUUGAUGAUAGGAGCGGGUGCAGAAGGUGGCAAUGGUGCAGCUUUUGGAAGCUUUGACCAAACGGUUCUAAUGGUUGCUUUAGAAGUGUUGUGGGUUUGGAAUCUUGAAAACUUCCCCUGA